GCCAGCCCCUUUGGCUGGAGUCUGUGACUUCUAAGAAACUUCACUUCGUGUUUUCACACUUUUUGAGAAUCUUCAACAAAAAAGGAGAUUACCCUGGAUCUGAGAUGGAGGUCUGUCUGCUGCUACUCAGCCUGGGCUUGAUUCUUGUAGGAUCUUCAGGAAACAAAAUGGACACAGUUAAAAAAGAAUUCUCAGAGGAAGAGAUGCAAGGUGACUUGGCAGACAGUGACCAAGAAAAACAGACCAUCGAGGUAUCCAUGAACUCAACUCUGUCAGCUACAAACACCAGCUUUAGCAUGUCCAAGGAUAUUGUAUCUUCAUCACUGACAUUCAGGAGAUUACAUUAUAGCUUCCCCAAGGGAAACAGCUCAGGUGAUGACAUAAAGAAUUACAGCGACAUGGUGAUCUGGAGAAAAGUUUCACAAGCGAAUGGGUCAUGCAUGUUGAGCAAUAACUCUAUCCAUGGCUUCAUGGAAGUGACUGGUGGGACCCCCAAGGUCUCCAGCUAUAAGUGUGGGCAGGAUCUUGGCAUAAGCUGCUCUGAGAUCCCAGAACUGGAGACCACUAUGGGCCAGCUCACUACAGGCAAACCAUUCCACAGGUGCCAAUACCAGGGUGUUACCUCAUUAAAGAAAAUAUUGGCAGUGCUAACAGGUAAUUCUCUGAUGAGCUGGUUAGUUAGUGGCUUUAAAUUGUAAAUCCCACAGGGGUGUGAACGAUAGUCUAUCUAACAAGAACAUAUGUAUUGUGGUCAUUGCUUGUUGCCUUCUGUUAUCUGUAUCUACCCUUUUAGCACUAUGGUAAAGUUCUGAUUAUACUAACUGAAGUAAUGGAAAAUCUAAAUUUGUGCAUAAUCUGAUUAAAAUUCAUAACUGA